AUGCCAUCUCGACACGGCUCUGUCCACUCUCUCAACUCGCCGCCGACACACUCGCUGCUGUAUACAAGGAGCGAGAUGGAGAUGCUUGGGUCCCAGCACCCGUCUCUGACUAAUCUGGACUCGAUCGAGCGCUACGACAUGUACGAUGGCCAGCCCCCUUCCACCGCUGCGAGCACUUUCAGCGAUCCCUCAACGGUCCGUCCGAAGCGCAAGCAAGUCAAGAACGCAUGUUCCGCCUGCCAGCGCGCCUGUAAGCGCUGUGAUGUCGGCCGCCCCUGUGAGCGCUGCAUCAAGUACGGCAUGGCCGAGUCCUGCCGUGACUCUCAGCGCAAGGAGCGCAAGAAGGGUAUCAAGCGUGGUCCAUACAAGAAGCGAGAUGGCAUGAUCAACGAGCUCCAACGCAUGUCUCCAAAGCGCAUCUCCCGAAUCGAUGUCGAACCUCUUCCGCUCCAACAACAACAGCCCAAACCGCAUCUGCCCAGGUACAGGUACAACAGCUCCCUGCAAGGUCCAACCAUUAUGCGUAUCAACCUCGGCCAUCAUGUCCCAGAACACACACACCACCCCUCUCCCUCGCUGGUAACCACCAUUCCAUACCCCCAAUCUGAACCCCCAAUCCUCCUCGAGCUACCACCAAUCCGAGGAGCACGAGAGUCCCUCCCAGCCCACUCACCACCAGGACUAUUCGCGCCACGCCCAGCCUAUCCAGGACUACAAUCGGUCUCCCAUGUCCACCUUGCAGUACCCAUCCCCAGACCAGUCCCCACCUCCCCGUCCAUCACGAUCACUCUUAUCAAUCUCAAUCGGACCAAAUCCCGCACGACCAUGAAUCUCACGACCCGCGCGGCAUCGACUCGUACUACGCCACCCACCAGCAUCACCACCAGCAUCAACAGCAGAGCCGGGCAGCGUAUUCCAACAGCAGUCGUAUUACCAGAGCUACAACGCGUAUCAGCAGUCGUCCACGAGCUAUGGUUCUUCUCACUCGCAGCAACACAACAGCAGCAACAGCAGUAUGGGUAUUCACAGAACCAUGUGUCUCAGCAGCAGGACAUGGCCCAGGGCCAGGCCGAGACGGGAUACUCUCAGCAUCUCAACUACUCGCCUGGAUCGUCGUCGAUCAAUACAUACCCAACACAGCCCCACCAGCACAUAAAUGAAACCAACAUUCAGCUACAGUAUUCAUCUAUGCGCUCGCCCAUGAAGAUGCUCCAUCGAGGGAGCAUUGACGCGACGGCUGGUAUGGUGGCGCAUCCUCACCACCACCCACACCACUCACAGCAGCACCACACCCACCACCAACACCAACACCACUCGCAGCAUGCUGGCAACGUGCAAGUCCAAUCCAAUUGA